AUGAGAGUAAAGAGGCAUGGGUGGAAUUUGAAAGGAAGAUCAACCUGGUCGUGGCAGCGUCUUUCGGCGGAGCGUGGAGGCGCGUCUGACGCUGAAUGGCGGCGGUUCUGGUUGCGUUGGAAUCACGACGACAAAACGAAUAAGAUGGUUAUGGGGUUGACAAACCAAAGCAUCGAAAACGGAACGAAAAAGAGGCCAAAGAACAUUGCCAGAAGGAAAAAACAAUGGGGCUAUGAAAAAAAAGGACCUAAGCUCUUGAUACCAUGUUUUAUAGGAGUUUGCGGCUUCGAAUAUGAUCAUGUGAAUGAGGAGUGCAACAUAUAUGGUGAUGGUAAAGGGGUAUUUGUGACUGGCACUGCACUCUUAAACUGGAUUCGUCUGCAUGGCACUCUGGAUUUCUCGGUUCUUUUCCUUGACUUGGUGAAGGAGACUUUUACUGAGUUUUCAAUGCCCCUCAAGGAUCCAGAUAAUAAAAUCUUCGUAUUCUCACAGUUAUGUGUCCUGAAGAACUGCCUUGCAUUUUGUUUCAGUCGUGAGAAAACUCAUUGGUUUGUGUGGCUGCUGAAGAAGUAUGGAGUGCCUCAAUGUUGGACUAGAUUGGCCACAAUCCACUGCCACUCACUACGUAUUGGUUCUGAGUUACAGCCAUUGUAUAUUCGAAAAAAUACACUUCUUAUGGAGGUUGCAUCAACUUUAAAGAUAGUUCUGUGUAACUUAGAUGAUGGCGGCUUAGAAUUUCCUCUAGUGGAACCUACUUCUUUAGAUGUCUCAAUGGGAUUGUAG